AUGAGUUCAGCUGUGAAAAGGCAUGUGUCGAUAGACAAUCAAACAUCUUCCGCUAGUGAAUCUGACGGCUGGUCCAUUUCUCACACUUCCAAUGUCAAGAUUCCAAGGGGAUUGCAUUGUGGACCAGGUGGUAGGAAGGCACUGGUAAAAUGGUUGGAGGACAAUUAUCGCACAAGUGACAGUGAAAAUCCUGCAGUAGAGGCGUGUAAAGUUUGGCAGGAAACGCAGGGCUUUAGGGAUGAAGUUUGCAAGGGAUUUGUUGGAUUACUAAAAUUACUCGGGUUACCACGUAAUGUAACAUAUAAGACUCUAUUCUCCGAAUAUUUGAGCAAGCAGUUCUUGGACAAGAUUGAAAGGGGAGUCUCUCAAAAAGUGCUUCUGAGUUUGGCAAGGCGGAUGAUAGGCAUGUUUCAAGUUAGGCAAGUACAACCCUUGUUUGCCGCGGUUCUAUGCCGAUUAGAGGAUAUUCCACAGGAUAUUAUGAUACAAAUCGUAGAUGAUACUCCUUGGGCAAAUGAUUUUUAUAACAACUGCGAUUUCACUCUACAGCAAAAGAUAUGGAAAUACCGUCCAGAACGUUUUCACGAAAUGGUAUCUCCCUUGCUUCGAAAAAUAGCAUUACUUCUCGCAUCUGAAACUACAGCACUAGGUAGACUUUUUGAUCACAAUCGCUUGCAAGAGCUAUCGGACGUCACAAUAUCUAAGCUUAUUCAAACCCCCAUUACCAUGCAAUUAUCACAGCUUGCUGAGAUAAUUGGUAAACCAAAUGCCGAGGCACAGAUACGAUAUGACCUACUAAUCAAGUCUAUAAGGUUUGAAUUUCUCAAUUGCUGUAAAUCUGAUUCCACAAUCUCAUCAAUUUACUGCGGUUACUACAGUUCCAUUAGAUUGAUAUUUUUUGAGUACUACCAGUCACUGCACCCUAAUGAGAAUUCAAAGAUUUAUGAACCAAAAUCUGGAUUCAUUGGAUUCAUAUUGUUAAUUUUGAAUUUGGGGCCAAAUAACCCCAAAAUACUCAAUUUGCUGCGUAAUAAAAUUUUUUUAACAACUCAAAUUAAUCAUUCAAAUAAUACAAGUGGACGCUAUCGCAUAUUAGAUGAAAAUGAUUUGUUUGAAGUGUCUAUGCUUUUUUCAAGCCCUCAUAUUUUACUCUCGUUGACCAGGGCCUUUGGCCAAUCCUUAUCAAAUAUUCUUGAUACUACUGCCAGCGGCCAUACUUGGCUUGGUUUUGUAUUGCUGGGAAUUGCGUCUCCUCGUAUAGGUUAUGCGGUAAGGAAGUUAGGCAACAAAUUAUCGAGGGAUUGUGGCGGGUUUUACCUGGGUCGAAUCAUUGAAUAUAUCACUGGGGGACCAACAAAUGUAACAGAACUAGAUUCAAGUACAAUAACGCUGAAUUCUCUGCAAAAAUUUAUUGUGGAAACCGUGCCAAUUUUGGAUGUAAACAAAUUAGCCAAAGUUAUCAAGUUCAUACACGAGUACUUUGAGUGUGAAAUUUACACCAUUUCCCAACUAAGAGAUAGAUACAAAACGCUACUAAGCGGGAAGAUAGACCAAGAUUGCCGAUCAAUCGUCCUAAUGGCAAUUUCUAAAGAGAUAUUUAAAAUUCUGGUUGGCACGCAAGAUACAGUUUAUGCCAUGAUGUCACAUUUGCUUCUCUUACGAAUUAUUUCAGUGGGUUGGCUCAGGAAAUCAACUUAUCUGGUGGAUGUUUUGUUGAGCAAUUAUGUCAAUCUGAUACCAAAUGACUUACAAACCUUGGUAAAUUCAUAUCUAGUAUCAGCAAUAACUGUUUCACUAGAAUCAAAGCUUUACCAACCCAAUGAAAGUAUUUAUUGUGUACUUGUGGAUCGUUUGAUUGAUAUAUCUCAGGGGAAUAUAUCGACAGCCAUGGCAACAGCAACUGCGCUGAAAGUGUUGGCAAAGAUACCUGAAAUAAGUGCCAAAUUAAAUAGCCUAAAUACCGAAUCCAUCGCAGAUAUUGCUAGGCGUGAAUCUUUGGAGGAAGAGUGGACUAAAUUAAUAACAUUGUGA